UGAUUUCAAAAUGGAAUAUUCUUCUCUAAAUGAGCUCAAACAGCAAGUCAACGAGCUAGAGGCGAUAGCUACUCAGGCUUACCAGAACAAAGAAAACCAAGAAAAUGAAAAAGAGGCUGAACAUUACUCUAAAAUAAUGGACCCAGUAAUCUCUGAUUCAUUCACUGAGCUGUGAAAAUAGAGCUUGUAUGAUUUGUAGUUUUCUCUCAGACAAUUUUACAAAAAUCUCUUGGCUUGAGAAAGCACUAGAAAUAUGUGAUAAAGAUGAAGAGGCAAAGUCGCUUGCAUUAAUCAAUAUUUCAAAUUAUUACUCGAAAAUAGGCCAAUUUAAAUCAGCAGCCCAGUAUCUUGAGAAAAGUCUGAAAAUAGAUAUAAGGCUUAACAAAAAUUCCACCCGAGCAGAGACCCAUUUAUCUCUAUGAACUAUGUAUUCACAAAUGGGAAAGCAUGAGAGUGCGAAGAGACAAGCCACCAAUGGAAUAAUCUUCCUUCAACUUAAAAUAAAAUAACGCCUUUGUGCCAAAAUUUGAUGAAGAACGAAGAAGAGCAGCUGAAAAAGAUCUCAAACUCGCUUGCCUCACCUUCAAAGACGACAUCGCAGUCCUGGCUCUUUGCUACCACAACCUCGCCAUCGAGCAAGAGUUCCUCUCCGAAUUCGACGACUCCAUAAAAUCCUUCCUCAAGGCCAAACUCACCGCUGAAGACUACCUCGGUGACGAGAACCCCCUCACCAGACACCUCUCCCAAGUCUACACCAAAGCCAAGACCAAUCUGGAAGCCCAUAUUGCCAAAACAGCUUCAUCAGGUUCCCAAAAAUCCCAAAUAUUUAACCACUAAUUAUUAAUAAUAAUUGAUAAA